UCCUUCUUCGGGAGCUCUCGGCCUCUUCCGGUUUACACGACAGAGGGAAAAAAAAAAGACACUGAAAACACAAGGAAAAUACAUUUUCUCGGCGAUAACAGGGCAAACUGAACUGAUUGGAGUUUAAUGUUAGAAAGGAUUCGCUCCGACUUGAAAGACUAAAAACCGAAUAGAAGCCACGGCGGCAGGGCGACGCAGCGAAUAGAGCCCCGGAUAUCAGGAGUUUAUUGUUCUUAGCUCGCUCACUCCAGCUGAGCUAUUUCUGUAUUUGCCCUAAGCUACGUAGCCGUAGCCGAGCGGGCUAACCGUCGGCCAGCGCUGGAUGCCAACGCGGUGUUUGUUCCCAACUGAACAAACCGCGCCGUUGAUUGGUACAGUUCGCUGCCGGAUCUCGGUGUUCCUCGGCUAGCUCGGACGGCUGCUCGCCUCAGGCUACGAUGGCAACGUCCGCUCUGUACGCCUGCACCAAGUGCAACCAGCGGUACCCCUUCGAGGAGCUGUCGCAGGGCCAGCAGCUUUGCAAGGAGUGUCGCAUUGCACACCCAAUCGUGAAGUGUACAUACUGCAGAUCUGAGUUUCAGCAGGAGAGUAAAACGAAUACAAUCUGCAAGAAAUGUGCGCAGAACGUCAAACAGUUUGGAACGCCCAAACCCUGCCAGUACUGUAACAUCAUUGCUGCUUUCAUCGGAACAAAAUGCCAGCGCUGUACUAACUCGGAGAAGAAGUAUGGACCCCCGCAGACCUGCGAGCAGUGCAAGCAGCAGUGCGCUUUUGACCGUAAGGAGGAAGGCAGAAGAAAGGUGGAUGGCAAGCUGCUGUGCUGGCUCUGCACACUGUCUUACCGCCGUGUCCUACAGAAGACCAAGGAACAGAGGAAGGGCUUUGGCUCCUCCAACUCCUCAUCCCUGAAUGAGAAAGACCACCACUCCAGAUCACAUCACCAUCAUCAUCACCACCAUCACCACCACCACCCGCACAGACACAGCAGUUCCCACCACAAACUGAGUGGGAGCUUGAGCCCUGAGCAAGAACCAGGAUUGUGGAAGCAGAGCCAUAAAUCGUCUUCAAUCCAGAAGGAGACUCCAAAGAAGAAACCAAAACUGGAGAUGAAGCCAUCCAACGGGGACAGCAGUAGUUCAAUCACCCAGUCCAUGGACUCUGGUGGGACAGACAACUUCAUUCUCAUCAGCCAGCUGAAAGAGGAAGUGAUGUCAUUAAAGAGGCUCCUUCAGCAAAGGGAUCAGACCAUCCUUGAGAAAGACCGUAAGCUCACGGAGCUUAAAGCAGAUUUUCAGUACCAGGAGUCAAAUAUGAGAGUGAAGAUGAACCAAAUGGAGAAGUCACACAAAGAGGCCAUGGAGCAACAGCAAGCCAAGAACCGGGAGCUGAUGAAACAAGUGGCCGCCCUCUCCAAGGGCAAAAAGUUUGACCGAACAGGAAGCUCGCUGCUGCUGCCCUAACGAUAGGCCGGUCGGAGGAUGGCGGCCACGAGCGGCUUCCUACUGUAACA